UGGACAUUAAGCAUCCAUUAGACGUUGGACAACAUUCGAACCUCCCACCUUCAGACCCAAGCUACCAGGCGACCUAAAUACUACAUCUGCUCGCGACAUCGACUCUACGUCAAUCCGAGACGCAUGGUACUGAAUCACAAGAGUUUCCAGAUGUCGCCGUCCAGUGACCAUGUCUUCGAGGGUCUCCAAUCAUUCAGAGAGGCGCACAAAUGGCACCAGCGAUAAUGACAGCAACCCGCGACCCCGCGGAGGUGGUCAAGCUUCACGAAGUUCUCAACAUCAACGAGGUACACGAUCCCCGCAAGCUGCCGAUAUAAACCCUCCUCACAAGCGGACCGCAUCAGGAAAUCCACGCCCGGUUAACAAGACUGUUGAAGAGCGAAGGACUGAGCGCACAACUAUCACUACCAAAGAAAAGCUCACCUCGCGAACAAAAAGUCCAGAAAGACGAUCUAAAGAUGCGCCCCCGCCGGAGAAAUGGAAGGCGAAAGAAGCUCCAAAGUCUCGUCAACCAGAGAUGAAGCCGAAGGAACCAAAGCUUGACGCCGCGCCUGCAGUAUGGGAGCCCGUAGCUAGAUUAGCACCGCACACAUCUGCGCCUCUUGCGAUUCGUGUAUCGGUCCCCCCUUCAGCUUCCCAAGCGCCGCAGUCUCUACAGCCUCAACCUCUUCACGAGUUAUCCUUAGAAGCCCAGGAGGCAGCGAUAAUUGAGGAUAUACUGUUUGUUUUUAUGGGAUAUGAGGGUCAAUAUAUACGUUACUCCUACUCGUAUGACCCCGAAGAAGAGAGGGACCGACUUGCAGGCCCCGAAUUCAGAAUACUCCCAGGACUCGACCCCAGUCUUCAGGAUUUAACAAUGUCAAUGCUAAAAAUGGCCACCUACUACUCAGCCCUCGAGACUUUCAUCGAUGUGCAGAGUAGAGAUGAAUUCGGUGCUGUCAACCAUGCCCUAUGCGCUGCCAUCAGGAAGUUUUUACAAGACUAUCUAGUCAUGGUCGCUCAGUUGGAGACUCAGUUCUUAACCAAUGAGACCUUUACCUUACACCUUCUCAACGUUCAUACCCUACCCACAAGUCAGAUGAUGUACCAGCUUUAUUCAUUAGCCCACGAGUUUUUGAAGAGGAACGCGCUUUUAGAUGUUGAGAGCGAGGAAGAAGAUGAAGACAUGGAGGAUUUCGAUAAUAUCAUAGCAAACUUGCAGCGAGGCGAGGAGUUCAUGCCGGGGAACUUGACGGGAAAGAAGAUUUGCAAAGGUGGCGUGGUCAUAGGUUUGAUCACCAAGAGAUUAGACACCAUGUCUGGAGAUCCUGCUGCAAGGUCAUUGUUAACAUCUUUGCUUCGCGAUGCCAGUCGACCAUAUAUGGCAAUGUUGAACGAAUGGCUCCAUCAUGGAGAGAUCAGAGAUCCCCAUUCCGAAUUUCUCAUCAAAGAACAAAAGAGCAUCAGGCGAGACCGACUGGAACAGGACUACACCGACGAUUACUGGGAGCGAAGAUACACUAUCCGCGAGCGUGAUAUACCCCCGCAAUUGCAGGGCGUCAAGGACAAGGUCCUCCUCGCAGGAAAGUAUCUCAACGUCGUGCGAGAAUGUGGAGGGGUUGACGUUAGUAAAGUCGCCCAAGAUGUUCCUACAUCUUUUGAUGACGUGCGAUUCUUGGAUAAUGUCAAUAACGCCUAUGCUCAUGCGAACGAAUCACUCAUGAAAUUGCUCCUAACUACGCACGCUCUUCCCGCAAGAUUACGCUCACUGAAGCAUUAUUUCUUCCUCGAUCCGUCCGAUUAUUUCACCUAUUUUAUGGAACUCAGCGCGUCGGAGUUACGAAAGCCGGUGAAAUCCGUCAACAUCGUUAAGCUACAGUCUUUACUGGAUCUCGUCUUACGACAGCCCGGCAGUAUCGUGUCUUUAGACCCAUUCAAGGAAGAUGUUCACAUAGAAAUGAACGAGGUCAGCCUAAUUAAGAUGUUGCAACGAGUUGUUAACAUCACGGGUAUUGAGCAAGGAGAGGCUCUGCAACCUCUGAGUAAUCAGCCUAUCGAAAACGACAAAAACGCACUCGGCUUCACCUCGUUACAACUUGACUAUACUGUACCGUUCCCGGUAUCACUAGUCAUCAGCCGAAAAACGGUAUGGAGAUACCAAGCACUGUUCCGCUAUUUAUUAUCAUUAAGAUAUUUGGAAUCGCAACUGUCAACAACAUGGCAAACUCAUAACACUGGUAUCGUCUGGUGCCAUAAGUCGUCAGCGAGGCGCGUCGAAAUCUGGAAAAGACGAGUAUGGACUCUGAGAGCUCGAAUGAUAGUUUUUGUCCAACAACUUCUCUACUUUUGCACCCUGGAAGUCAUUGAGCCAAAUUGGCAAUCUCUGAUGUCAAGACUCAAAGCUAAGGAUGGCAGUCUAGACGGGUCGGGCAAGCCAGAUCGGACAGUCGAUGAAUUGAUGCAAGACCACGUGGACUUUUUAGAUACUUGCCUUAAGGGUUGCAUGCUAACCAACGGCAAGCUAAUUCGAAUUCAUUCGAAGCUAAUGCAAACCUGUACUGUUUUCGCCGCUCAUAUGAACUGGUUAUCGCGCGAGCUGGAAAAGACCGAUCCGGAUCUAGUUGGCCCUAUACAGCCGCCGAAUAUGACCGACAAGGAGUGGAAACGAUUUCAGGCUGUAAAGUCCCAAAAGUCACAUAACGACAGCUCUACCAGCCAUCUCCAAGACGACGAGGCACGGUUCAACACCCUAAAUGAGAUCAUUAGGGGCUGGGAGAAGAACUUUAGUCGGCAUCUGCAAAUUCUGCUGGAUGCCUUGAACCAUUACGCCGCGACGGAGACGGUAGUCCUCCUAAGCUUGUGCGCAAGGCUGGCAACCGCUAACCAAGGAACCGAAUUCGCGGGCCCCCGCCCCGAGGGUGAAGCGGCUGUAUGAAUAUCCCAUGUUAGUAAUGAGAUUUCCGGCGUGACGUGACAUAUCGACGUGAAUGGUGUUCUUAAGGGGUUGAGAGUCGCGUAUGGCGUUUUGGCGGGAUGAAAAUAGUUGGUUUCAGGCAGAGCCGUCAGCUACGCAGUGAAGAGAUACCUUUUACCUUUACCCUAUACCUUGAAUUACGAGUUAUCUUGUUUUUGUGAUGAGCUUGGGGCUCCUGUAUCCAUCCGAACCAAUGCAUUAGUUAUUUACUUCAUCGCCUUUGCUCUAGUGUGGAGAUAUCCCUUUUUGAGCCUGUUGGGCUUAUGUAGUUCUAUAGGAGGCAAUAAACCUGUACAAAGACU